AUGGUCGCAUCUGCGUUAAGCCGCGCCUCUUUGCAGGCGUUGGCGAGAGCUGGUGCCAUUUCGACGAGUUCAGCCUCUUCGUCCAGGAUCACAGCAGCGGUUCAGGCCUUGAUUGGAAACCAUCGUUCUCUGCAUGUCGUCUCUUCUACGACCCAGUUGAUCAGCACGCCGAUCAUUGCCGCAUCCUCCAAGCCGGCGUUGUCAGCCCCGGCUAGGCUGACGCGAAAGGAACGCAGGACAGCAGUCAAGAAACAGCGCAAAGAGGCCAAGCGUCGUGUUGCUGAAUCGUCCGUAUCGGCACGACUCGGCGUGUCUACGGCCAAGACGUCGCCUCUUGUGCGCAAGGAUCGACAAUUCAAGACGUACAAACCGAUCACGCGCUCGAUUCGAUGGUUGAGGCAGCCGCUGAAUGAGCAUCUGCACAAGGGCGGGCCUGUGCGCUCACUUACGAUCGCCAAGCGUAGUACGGCAGGAAGGAACCAUCACGGUCAUGUAACGGUGCGCGGACGGGGUGGUGGACACAGAAGAAGGAUCAGGCUGGUGGAUUUUUAUCGAUGGGAGUCGGGCGAGCAGGAGGUGCUGCGAAUCGAGUACGAUCCCGGCCGCAGUGCGCAUAUCGCGUUGGUAGAGCACAAACAGACGAAAAAGCAGAGCUACAUCCUCGCGCCGGACGGUCUGAGGGCUGGCGACACAGUGCAAAGCUACCGACAGGGUAUUCAGGGCGAUGCUGGCGCAGCAGCUAGCAUGAGCAGCCAUGUGGUCGACGAGAUUGUAACUUCGGCGGAUGGCAGCACGCUUUCGACUGACCCUGCUGCACCUCAGACCGCUUCUGUGGCGGGAGGAGCCACAGGCAACAGCAAUGCGUCGCUCGAUCUGGGUAUCUUCCGUACGCAAGCCAUCCGACCGGGCAAUUUCCUGCCGCUCAAUCUGAUUCCGAUCGGCACGACGAUUCACUCGAUCACAAUCAACCCACUCGGACCGGCCAAAAUGGUGCGCUCUGCAGGCACAUUCGGCCAGCUUGUGGCUUUCUCAGGCCGAAGCGGCGGCGGCGACUCGCAUGCGCAGGUUCGACUGCAGAGCGGUGAAGUUCGCCUGAUCCCGAGCAAUUGCUGUGCUGCAAUCGGCACGGUAAGCAACAAGGACCACCAGCAUCGAAGGCUGGGUAAAGCGGGACGAAGCCGAUGGCUGGGUAGGAGACCCAAGGUUCGCGGUGUAGCAAUGAACGCCUGCGAUCACCCGCACGGUGGUGGACGUGGUAAGAGUAAGAGUAACAUGCAUCCCAGAUCGAUCUACGGACACCUGACCAAGGGUGCACGAACAAGGAAGCCUGGUACUAGGGGAGGUAACCAGAUGGUGAUCCGCGAACGACCGAGAAGGAACGGCAAGAGGCUAGGCAAGCCCUAA